GAAGGAUGUAAAUGAAGAGGGGUAAGGGAGACAGGAAAGAAAGAGGGAAAGGAAAUGAGAAAUUAAAGGGUAAUUGGCUGGGGGUGGUGAAGAGGUGGGCCAGGAGACUGGACAGGGAACCCUCCACAAGCUCCAUUACUUUAUGACUUUACUGAAGAAGAGGCAGCAACUCCUGAAUUAAGGUAGGUAAGGAAGACUGUUUUCCAUUUGUUUAUGGAAAAGGAAGAGAGAAAGGAGUUGCUGGAGGAAAACUGAAGACUUGGGUCCCCAAAGAAGAGCAGAGUAAUUGCAAUAUUUAUCAAAUUAAGAUGGAAUCUAGAAAAAGAGCAAGUGAGGUAACAAACCUGCAGGACCAAUAUGAAUAUUCACUCAAGAAAUGUCGGCAAGAUCAGACAUAUAAGACAAUUAUCAUCACCUUAGAUGGAAAUCAGUGGAAAAAUGAAAAAAUGAAAUAUACACUCACACAUAAGAAGACAGAUAGCUUGUAUGCAGCACUCAACACUCUCAAUGCUGUCAGAGAUGAAAUAAAAAGUCAACAGGAUAAAGAAAUGCUGGUGUGCGGCAAAGAAGGAAUCAAAGGGUAUAUAAACCUUGGCAUGCCCCUCUGCUGUUUUCCAGAAGGCAGCCAUGUGGUCAUUACGUUUUCUAAAGCAGAAAAAGAACAGAAAGAAGAGAAGCAAACAUAUGGUUGGCAGGACCAUGUGUGUAUUGACUGUGUGAAAUUUUAUAUUCAUGCAGUUGGGAAGAGGAACGAAAGAAUUCUCAAGUGUAGAGAACUUCACCAGGAGGGGAACAAACUCUGUAUGUAUGGCUUCAAGGGAGACACAAUCAAGGAAACUCUGAAGAAGGAUGGCAGGUUUUGUUCCUUUGUAGAGAAUGACCAUUGGAAGCUCAUUAAAGACUUGGACACCAUCAUAGAAAACACCCAGCCAGUUGAUGAAUUAGAGGGCAAGCUCUUUCAGGUGGAGCUUGAGAGAGUAAAAUGUCCUCAGGCAAGAGACCCCACUCAUUUAAAGAAGCCAUCUUAUAGGAAACUAAAAGAAUACAUUGUGCAUGAGUACCCCAUAUUGAAGAGAGAGUGCAAAAAACUCAGAGCUUACAUCAAGGAAGAAAGUAAGAGAGCUUCCUCAUUUGAAAUCCAUAAAGAAAACUUCAGGAAACUGACCAAAAACUCCACUCCAGCUAAAGUUCUCAAACUUCUUUCACAGUUCAGUGACUCAGUUGGGCUCAUCAUUUGGAAUAACGGGGGAAAUGAAGGCUGUGCUACCUGUUUUGUUUUUACAGGACUGUACAUUCUCACUUGCCGGCAUGUGAUCAAUGACAUUGUGGGUGAAGGCGUACAUCAAAGUAAGUGGGCUGAUAAAAUUAGUCAAUGUGUGAAAGUCACGUUUGAUUAUGAAGAGUUCAAGGAAAAAGAAGACAACUCCUUCUUUUUUGUUGAACCCUGGUUUGAGAUAUCUGAUUACAGCAUUGACUAUGCUGUCCUGAAACUGAAGGAAGAUGGACAACAGGAACCUGCAGGGCUGUAUAAUGGAAUAGCUCCUGUACCAUCCAGUGGGUUGAUAUAUAUCAUUGGUCAUCCUGAUGUAAAACAGAAGCUUAGUGAUGGCUGUGUUGUGAUUUCUCAAGAUGAGCACAUUCAGGAAAGAAAAGCAGUAGAGGGCAGUGAUAUACAAUAUAUUUAUAUAUAUACCCAAAGAAGUUUCCAAGAAACAGUUCAUGAACCUGGUAUGGUUGCCUGUGACAACACUUUUUACUGUGGGUCUUCUGGAUCUCCUGUAUUUGAUUCUAAAGGGUCACUGGUAGCCAUGCACACUGCUGGCUUCAUUUGUGAGUAUGAAAGUGGUGUUUCCAGUAUCGUAGAGUUUGGCUCUUCUAUGGAAUGCAUCCUCAAUGAUAUUAAACAAAAGCAUAAAACAUGGUAUGACAGGGAAUGUGUAAAUCAGCAGGAUGUAGAAAUGAGUAGUCUAUAGUAUUGAGGACUGGAGAGAAUUUAAUCUAUUCUCUUUUUCCUUUUUUUUUUUUAAGAAUAGCAUUCUUACUCUUUGAAAGUCUCACACAUUUACACAAUCUAUAUUGACCAUAUCCAUCUACUCCCACUUUCUUUCAACUCUUCUAGGAACUACUUCAGCUUCAUGUCUCUUUUUGAAUUGUUUGUUUUUCAUAACUUCCUGAACUCAAUUAGUACUACUCAUAUGCUCAUAAAUAUAUGGCCACCCACUGGUACAUGAGCACCUACCAGCAGCCAUGUCCCCAAAGGAGUGUGACUUCCCUUGCAUGAGCAGCCAUCAACUGCCAAUAGCUCCUUGACAAUGGAUUGUAUCCUGGAGGCCCCAUCUCAUCUUUGUAGAAACUUUGAUGGGCUUGAUCUUUUUUGAGCAACCAUAGCUUCUGUGAAUAGACAUCAGCUCCAUCCCUGUCAUGUCUAGAAGACAAUACUCCAUAGCUCUCCUCCCCUUCCUCUGCCUCUUACAUUCUUUGUGCCCCCUGGUUCAUCAAGUUCCCUGAGAUGAUCAGGGUUAAUGCAGAUGACCCAUCCACACCUCAGUACUCACAGUUAUUUAUACUCAGCACUUGAGCAUUGUUUUAAGUCUUCUCUGACAAAUGUUGAGUAUGGCACAAAUCUCCCGAUGUCUGUAGCCUAUUUUCUUCUACUUUUUAAAAAUAGAUGUGUAUUAGUUCUUUUAAAAUCUAAGACAUGCAUAUAAUAUAUUUUGAUCAUAUUCACCUUUCUGUUCCUCUUCGUAACUCUUCCCAGAUCUACCCCACUUCUCUUCCAACUUAGCAUUCUCUUUUUUGUUUGUUUUUAAAGUAACAUGAGUUCAAUAUACUGAUGGGUGUUAGGAUAUAUAGUGGAGCAUGCUUGAACUACCAGAGUCAAUACCCUUAAGAAAACUGACUUUUCCUCCCCUAGUAGUAGUCUUCAGCUGCCAGAAACUCUCAGCUAAGGGUUGGAGUUCAUAAGCCCCUUACCCAUCCAUUUCAACUGGAAAUCACAUGAUAACUAUCUACUCUUAUGAUUUUAUUUGGAGUUCAUUAGCUUAUAACAAAUGUCUCUUUCUGUUCCCAGGUUCCAUCCAUAGUUACAUUUAGUUAUCAUGUCUUCUUUAGGGUCCUGAAGGCUGUGGCAGCUUUUCUGAGCUGAUCCUGACAGUAGAGAGAAUAUUGGUCAGCAGCUUUUAGGAUGUGCCUCUAUUGGGACUUGCCUGAUGGCUUUCUGAUGACUAGAUUGAGUUAUGAGUUCUGAAGGUGAUCACAGUCAGGUAUCAUUUUCGUGCUGUCACAUCAAAGGUUUAUUUAGUACUAUGAGAUUUUUACUUAAUGCAACAGACUCAUGUCACCUGCUGAAAUGGUAUUUGUCAGAUUUCUCCACUGUAAAGUUAUGCUUCUUCUCCUCCUCUUUCUACUUUCUGUUUUAUACCCAUGGGAAGGUAGUCACUAUGCACAGUCCUUGUUUAAAGAGUUGGGACUUAUGUUCCUCCUUCCUGGAGUAGGUAUUCCUAGAGUAUCUACAUAAUUCACUAGGAUGAUUCUGCAAAUGGAAUUUCUUUCUUCUUAUUGACUCUUUUACUCAAUUAUUCAGGAAUAUCAGUAAAGGCACUGAAACUAUGCCCCAUUGUCCUAUGCACAUGUGUCCUGGUCCAGCUCGCUUCACAUUUGUGCAUCGGUGCCUACCUCUAGUAAUGCACUAUACCCACCAAAUUUCAACCUCUUUGCAGAAAUUUGAACACAGAGCUUUAUGAAUCCUAAGCAUGUCUGUAGUACUGAGCUACCCUGCUAGCCCCUGAGAAUUUUAAGUAAUAUAUUCUUUUCUUUUGUAUCUAUGUCUCCUAUAUCAUGGGAGGAAUGCUUUCCAUCUUAAAAAUGCUGAAUUAAAAUAUGGCAAAGAAAUAUAUGUGUAUGUAAUAACCUGCAUAGAUAGAUAGAUAGAUAGAUCUAUAAAUAUUUGCACCCAUAACCAUUUGUAUCUACAGUAAAUUACAGAAUUAUCAUAGAUGUCACCCAAAUCUGAUUCAUAACUGCAUAGAACAUUUUACCCUCUUCUCAGGGCAUCUCUAUAAAUUCUCAUUCCAAUUUUGGGAAAUAAAGAUUUUUUUUUAGCACAUCUCAGUCAUUUAGUUAGCUGAUUAAUCAGAGUAGAGAUAGAUUAAAGCAUAGAUGAUACAUACAUACACACAUACAUGCAAGUAUAGAUACAUAGAUAAUAGCUUAUUUAGAUAACUGCAUGGAUAUAUAGGUAAUAAAUGCAUCCAUAGAUAUAAACAUUAAUAUGCAUAUACAUGAUUAUAUGCAUAAACAUAUAAAUGAUAUAUACAUAGAAAAAACACAUAUAUAUACACACAUAGAUAAAUAUCUGAUAUAGAUAAAAAUACAUAGUUAUAGAUACAGAUAUAUAGACUCAUAGACACAUUAUAAAGACAUAUAAUAGAUAUUUUUGUAACUACAUGGAUAUAUGCCUAAAUAUAUAGAAGAUAAUAUACAGCAGUAGCAUACAUGGCAAAAUUUUUCAUCUGUACUUGGAUGAGAAGUAAAAUUUUAUCAACUAAACUAUACUCCUGUGCAAUUUCUUUUGCUUUUAUCUGACAUAUGCCAUUCCUUUCUAAAGUUGAGUCAAGGAUUCCACCCAACCCACUCACACCCCAGUUAGUGAGAGUCUUUAAACAUUUGGAAUGGUUACAGAAAUAUUAAAUUCUCUUAGGAUAAGCCACAUUCAUGCUGUCUUCUGAAUCUUUGAGUUCCUAAAUGAUUUUGUAAAUUUGUAUAAUUUAAAGUUCCAUAUCCAGUGUGACCUUAACUGGAUUUAGCAGAUAUGUAAUGUCAUUUGUCUAUUAGAGUACUACUGUAAAUGUAACUUUUAUUUGUCUGAUAUAAUUGUCAUAUUUCAGGCUUACUGCCUCAGUCUGGUAACCUAAGCCUCCAUAUAAAUCUAGAAGGUUUUCAGCCUUUGAGACUUAUUGAUAAAUAAGCUCACCCUUUCUUGUUCUUUCUGAGCUCUGGCUGGCUGGUUCAACUCAGCUUUUCUGGGUUAAAAUGCCUGUCCAAGCUGACUGAUUCAAUCUGGCUUCUCCCAGUUUCUUACUGAAAUGCUCUGCUUAUUCUCUAGCUAACUCUGUUAAUCUGUUCUAAUGUUCUACCUCCUUCUUGUUCCUUGGCUCAUUCUGUCUUCACCUAUGCCUGUCUUGCUCUCUCUGUCUGCAAUUUGUGUGAUCAAAUAUCCUGCAACAAUCUACAGAGUAGUUUGGCUGUUUAAUCAAGUGCCCAUUCUGUCCUUUCUUCUUCCUGAGUGCUGGUGACCAUCCAUCUUCUUAUAGUCUGCAUCAUUUUACCUUCUUCAGAAUGUCACACAAGUGGAGGCAUAUGGCAUGUACCUUUUGAAGACUACCAAUAGACCAUUAAUGUUUCUUGUAUAUUUUGUGGAUUGAUAGCUCAUUUAUAUUCAUUACCGCAUAGUGAUAUAUAGAUUUGCUACAAUUUUUUUAUUUACUGUCUUUUUCAAGAGAUCUUAGUUCCUCUCAGUGUUCAGUGAAUAAUGAAUAAAACUGCUACAAAACUGUG